CGGCCGCGGGGAGGGGAUGCGGACGGGGGAAGAUGGCGGCCUCGAACAACCCGCGGAAAUUCAGCGAGAAGAUCGCGCUGCACAACCAGAAGCAGGCGGAGGAGACGGCGGCCUUCGAGGAGGUCAUGAAGGACCUGAGCCUGACCCGCGCGCACCGGCUACAGCUGCAGAAAACCCAAUAUUUGCAACUGGGGCAGAGUCGUGGCCAGUACUAUGGGGGGUCAUUGCCAAAUGUGAAUCAGAUUGGGAACAGUGCCAUGGAUCUCCCCUUCCAGACCCCGUUCCAGUCGUCGGCCCUGGACACGAGCAGGACCACGCGGCACCACGGGCUGGUGGACAGAGUGUACCGGGACCGGAACCGCCUGGGCUCGCCCCACCGCCGCCCGCUCUCCGUGGACAAGCACGGCCGCCAGGUGGACAGCUGCCCCUAUGGCACCGUGUACCUGUCACCGCCCUCGGACACCAGCUGGAGGAGGACAAAUUCUGAUUCUGCCUUGCACCAGAGCACCAUGACUCCAGCUCAGCAGGAAUCCUUUUCAGGAGGGUCACAGGACAUGCAGCAGAAAAGAGUUUUAUUGCUGACUGUCCCUGGAAUGGAAGAACCCACAUCUGAUGCAGACAAAACCCUCUCUAAGCAAGGCUGGGACACUAAAAAGACUGGGUCAUCGAGACCUAAAUCCUGUGAAGUUCCAGGAAUCAACAUCUUCCCCUCAGCCGAGCAGGAGAACACUACGGCGCUGAUCCCCGGCACGCACAACACGGGCGGCUCGCUGCCGGACCUGACCAACAUCCACUUCCCCUCGCCGCUGCCCACGCCCCUGGACCCCGAGGAAUCCUCCUUCCCUGCCCUGAGCAGCUCCAGCAGCACCGGCAACCUGGCUGCCAACCUGACCCACCUGGGCAUCAGCACUGCCAGCCAGGCAGGAAUGACGACGACGCCGGCCCCGUCCCAGCACCGCCAGCCCAACGUCAGCCCCCUGUCCCUGGGCACGGACUCACGGCGACCUCAGUCCCAGCAAAUGUCCCCCACGCUGUCCCCACUGUCACCCAUCACUCAGGCCGUGGCUAUGGAUGCACUGUCCCUGGAGCAGCAGCUCCCCCCGUACCCCUUUUUCACCCAGACCAGCUCCCAGCAGCAGCAGCAGCCAGCAGUGGCCAGUUCCCUGCCCCAGACCCCCCCUCUGCUGCAGAGCUCGGCGCUGCAGAGGGGCCCCCAGCUGCCCCCUCUGUCUGUCACGGUACCUUCCAGCAUGCCCCAGUCACCUCCAGGGAGCCAGAGCCAGCCCUCCAUGGGGAUUGACAUCAACUCGGCCUCACUCCAGCAGUACCGCAGUAAUGCUGGCUCCCCAGCCAACCAGUCUCCCACCUCUCCUGUCUCCAAUCAAGGCUUCUCUCCUGGCAGCUCCCCUCAACAUUCUUCCAUGCUGGGCAGUGUUUUUGGGGACUCCUAUUAUGAGCAGCAGAUGACAGCUAGGCAGGCUAAUGCCCUCUCCCACCAGCUGGAGCAGUUCAACAUGAUCGAGAACGCCAUCAGCUCCAACAGCCUGUACAGCCCCUGCUCCACGCUCAACUACUCGCAGGCUGCCAUGAUGGGACUGACGGGCAGCCACGGCAGCCUGCAGGACUCGCAGCAGCUCAACUACUCCAGCCACAGCAACAUCCCCAACAUCAUCCUGACAGUGACAGGAGAAUCCCCCCCCAGCUUAUCAAAAGAACUGACCAGCUCCUUGGCAGGAGUGGGGGACGUCAGCUUCGACACGGAUUCCCAGUUCCCUCUGGAUGAACUCAAAAUUGACCCUUUGACCCUGGAUGGACUUCACAUGCUCAACGACCCCGACAUGGUCCUCACCGACCCCGCCACAGAGGACACGUUCCGCAUGGACCGGCUGUGACCCGGGGAGCCACCGCCACGGGGGCUUCAUCCCACCCUGGAGCCACCAUCCCGGGGCUGCAUCCCACCCCGGGGCUUCAUCCCACCCCAGAGCCACCAUCCUGGGGGGCUUUAUCCAUCCUGGGGGCUGCAUCCCACCCCGGGGGCUCCAUCCCACCCCGAGGGUCCACCCUGGGGCUCCAUCCCACCCUGGGGGCUCGGUCCCAUCCUGGAGACUCCAUCCCACCCCAGGGGCUCCAUCCCACCCCCGGGCUGCCCCCCAGCCCAGGGUCCAUCCUGGAGGGAGCAGCUCUCCGUGUCCCUGUCCCAUGGGUCCCCCAGCUUGUUGUUCUGAGCUUGCCGCGCUGCCCAGCCCGUCCCAGCCGUGUCCCCCCGAGCCGCUCGUUGCCGUCCAGCAGUCAGGAUUGUCCGGUUUGUCCCGGUGGUUUAUCCCGGUUUAUCCCAUGGUUUAUCCCGGUUUAUCCCAUGGUUUAUCCUGGUUUGUCCCGGUAGUUUAUCCCGUGGUUUAUCCCGGUUUGUCCUGGUGGUUUUCCCGGUUUGUCCCGGUGGUUUAUCCAGA